AUGGAACAGGACGGUCUUAGCAGAGAGAUCUCAAACCUUUCUCUUAAUCAGUCGGGUCAGCAAAGCGGAUCGAGAAAGAGCCGUAGACCAAACAGGGCAUACCACAACCUCGCCACGGGAGUCAGUGCACCAGCAACGCCAUUUGCAACGCAAUCUCCUGGUCCUGACGGUCGUCUCUCGAACAAUGAAGGUCAGACUUUCUCGCCGAUGGGAAUGCCGCAAGCUUCAGUAAGUACGCCAGGACUAUUGGCCGCUAGUCAAUCAAUGAUGGGUCAACAGCAACCCGGUUUGCAACCCCAGCAUGGCAGUCCAGAACCAGAUGCACACGUUUCCUCUUCACACUUGGUGGCGGCACAGAGAUGGGAAGACCAAAUUCGCUACUUGACUCGCACAUAUGAUACCGCUAGAGACUCUGUGCCACCUUUGCCAACAACUCAGUUUUAUGGAGCAGACCAUGGAGUGUGUGAUCCACGCUUUAUGAGCUUAUCCAUGAAUUGUGUGCCUGCAGAUGAACGUCUGAGGUCUGCAACCAAGCUUCCCUUAGGCUUGACUGUUCAGCCAUUCGCUCGGAUAAUCCCUGAAGAAACAGUUCCGGUAGUGGACAAUUCGAAGGAUCAGGGACCACUGCGUUGCAGACGUUGUCGCGCAUACGUGAAUCCUGGAUUCCGCAUGGGCUAUGACUCCACCGCAUUAUGUAACAUUUGCGAGGUGAAGACGCAAGUCCCCAUUGACACUUAUCCCCCCAUGGCAGUUGAUCCGCAUGGAGCUGUUAAUGGUGCCAAUCCAGAACUCGUUAGAGGGUGCGUCGACUUUUUGGUUCCCGACGUUUACAACGCCAUCCAAGGCGAAAAGCCAUUGCCGCUACAUUACGUCUUUUUAGUGGAUAUAUCUCUUCUGGCAAAUGAAAACGGUAGUUCCAUUGCCGUGGUGGAGGGUGUCAAGACUUGCAUAGAGCACAUUUCUGAUUUCCAACCUAAUUGCAAAGUUGCUAUCAUGGCCUUUGACAGCAGAAUUAGGUUCUUUAACUUAAGUCCUACUCUGGAGACAGCUCAAGAAUACAUUAUUGGAGACUUGAAUGAUGUUUUCUUGCCAUUUUGCGAGGGUUUAUUCGUGAACCCACAAGAGUCCGCAAGGAUCAUCGAUGACACUUUAAAGAAAAUAAUGAGUUAUAUUUCUAUGGGCAAGCUCUACCAUGUUGUGCAGAACUGCUAUGGUUCGGCUCUUCAAGCAGCGAAACUCGCUCUUGAUACCGUGACCAAAGGCCAGGGCGGUAAGAUUAUCUGUUCUCUAAAUUCUAUGCCUACAGUGGGAAAUGGUAAUCUGACGCUCAGGAAGGAUGACGCAACGAAAAAGCACAUGAGGUGCGAUAAUGAGUUCUAUACAAAGUUGGGGCAUGAGUUCGCGAGAUCUUACAUUUCGCUUGACCUUUUCCUGACGACUUCGGUGUUCAUUGACAUGGUCACUGUAGGGUAUCCGGUGGAGGCUACUUGCGGUACUCUAAAAUAUUAUCCAAAUUUCACCCAGGAUAGAGACGAGUUCGUCCUGGUCAACGACAUGCUUCAGCACGUGUCGAGCAUCGUUGGUUAUCAAGCGCUACUGAAAGUACGUUCUUCGACAGACCUUUCCAUCUAUCAAUAUUAUCUCGAGUCUGCUGGCAACACAAACCGAGAUCCAAUGUUACCAGUGUUGACCACAGACACCACUGUCGAUGUGUUGCUGAAACUGGACCAAAAGCUGAAGGUAGGCAACACCGUAUCAUUCCAAGCUGCGUUGCUCUAUACUGACAUCGAUGGUAAUAGAAAAGUUCGUUCGAUCAAUAGCAAUGCGAAGGUAUCUGGGAAUAUCAGGGAAGUCUUUCAGUUCGUUGAUCAAAACGUUGCGAUGCGGAUCAUGAUCAAGGACGUGAUCUCAUCCUUGGGCGAUUGUGACUUCAACGCCAUCAGAAAGACUAUCGAUAACAAAAUGGUGGAUAUUUUGACUCAGUACAAGGCGCUCGCCGGCGUCAGCUUGAGUACACAGCUCGUGUUGCCCGAUGCGCUGAAGACCUUGCCCACUUUCAUGCUAGCCUUUGAAAAGAGCCCAUUGAUGGCUCCCAACAUUCACAGCACUCGCGGUAAUGAUCGUUGCUACGACCUCUAUCACUUCAAGACCCUGAACAGCGCGCAACUCUCCUACAAACUCUACCCGCAAAUCGUGCCACUUCAUGUGUUGCUAGACGAGACCGAUCUUACCUUCUACGACACGGCUGAAAAGUUGCUCCAAGUGUCUAGCAGUUCAGUCGAGAACUUGACCGUGAGGAACGCCCAUGCCAGCAUCACCAACGGCGGCUGCUACUUGAUCUUCCAGGGCGAGAAGGUGUACCUGUGGUUCAACGAGAACACCAACAGAAUGCUGCUGCUCGAUCUGCUGCAAGUAGAUGAGGACAUCCCGGUGGGACAGGUCUCGCUGUUCGGCGCGUCGCUGCCCCAGGUACCCACCCAGGUCAAUGAAAAGGCUCAUGCCCUGAUCAGAAACUGGUGCCAGCUCACCAACAGGUCCACGCUGCCCAUCGAGCUGCUCAGACCCAACGUGGACCAAUAUUACAGCUCUGUCAUGGGCCAGAUCCUCUGCGAAGACAAGUCCGUCAGCAAGAUCGAGUCGAACGACAACUAUCUCGUCCAGCUCCACCGACUCAUACAGGAGAAGCUCAAAAAAGAGGACUACGUCAAGAUCAACCACUCGUCCGCGUCCCAGAACGGCAACGCUGCGCAAGAAGACAUGCACCAAAAGUUUGUCCAAUUCUAA